GAAACUGAACUCAAGCUCAGCUCUUGAUUCAUAUCUGGUAGCUCCGAUUAUUGCUAACUUAGGCAUCAGAGUGUUUACCCCGAGGACGCACCUCGGGGCUUUCCAAACUCAAUCAGUUCGUAUGCCGAGCUGCGACAUCUUUUGCAAUGAAGUUCUCAAGUUGACAGUUGAUCAGAAAGACGACCUUCGAGCUCAUGCGGGUGGCCCAAAGGAAAGGCCAACACCGAGUAAAGAGGUCAGACCUUUGACAUGGAGAGAUGAAGUGCAGAACAAGAAGAGAUUCAAAAUGGCACAGAACCGAGUCACGGCACACAAUGACCCGCUUGUCACCUUGGUCAUUGUCAAUAAUUGUGAAGUUCAACGUAUCCUUGUCGACACAGGAAGUGCUCUAGAUAUCAUGUACUAUCACUACAUUAAGAGUCUUGGCCUCGACCACGCCUUUCUACAAAAAUAUGAUGGCUCUAUCUAUGGUUUCAAUAAUCAGUCAAUCCCUGUGGAAGGAGUCCUGAAGCUCAAUGUAGCGUUCAACUCAGGUCGGACAUAUGUCACUCCCUCAGUUUGGUUUUUAGUAGUGAAGAUGCCAUCAUCUUUUAACAGCAUCAUCGAAAGACCAACUUUAAUCGAGAUUCGAGCUGUUGUUUCACAGUCCCACCUCUACAUGAAAUUUCCCACCCCCAUGGGAGAUAAGCAAGUAACCCCUCCAACUCCAACUCCAACUCAGCCUGAAGUCCCAACUGUACAACAGGUAAUGGGUGUAGACUUGCCAGAUAAUAGACCUGAUGAUGAGGCUAGAGCCACCCCAAUAGAAGAAGUAGAAGAGGUAGGGCUUGACCAUAAUGACCCCACUAAGAAAACACAAAUUGGGACCAAACUGGACUUGAAAGAGAGGGAAGAGCUCAUCAACUUUCUGAAGUCAAACCGAGAUCUCAAAAAAGGUACCUAUUACAAGGGAGAAAGGUUGCAAGGAAUCAAGGAAGAGGUGCAGAAGCUUUUGCAGGCAAGGUUUGUAAGAAGAGUAAACCAUUGCGAAUGGGUCACUAACCCUGUUUUAGUCAAGAAGUCAAACGACAAAUGGCGAAUGUGCAUUGAUUACACAAACCUAAAUGAAGCUUGCCUGAAAGACUGCCAUCCCUUACCAAGUAUAGACAAGCUGGUAGAGGCCGCAUUUGGGAAUAAAGGGCUUAGCCUUUUAAAUGCUUACUUGGGAUAUCACCAGGUCCACAUGGCACCCAAGGACGAGGGAGAGACAUUUGAUAACUUCAGAAAACACAAUAUGAAGUUAAACCCGGCCAAGUGCGUCUUUGGGGUUGAAUUUGGUAAAUUCCUAGGAUUAUUGGUCUCUAUGAGGGGAAUAAAGGUAAAUCCUGAGAAGAUAAAGGCAAUAGAAGAGAUGAAACCACCAAAGUUAAUCAAAGAUGUACAACGCUUAAUUGGGCGGGUGGCAGCUCUGCAUAGAUUCAUUUCAAAGGCGGUUGAUAAAUGCUUGCCUUUCUUUAAAGUCUUGAGGUAUGCAGCACAGAAAGAUGAAACAAGGAAGCCCAAGAAGUUUAAAUGGACCUUGAAAUGUCAAACUUCCUUUGACGAGCUUAAAGCAUACCUUAGCUCGCCACCUUUGCUAACCAAGGCUAAAGAAGGGGAGAUUCUUUAUCUCUACCUCGGGUUAUCAGAUACAACGGUGAGCUCAAUUUUGAUCAGAGAAAUGGGGUAGCUACAGAGGCUAGUUUAUUAUGCUAGCAAAGUGUUAUAGGGGGCUGAGUUGAGGUACUCCAUAGUAAAAAAAGCAGCUUUUG